AGCUGCUCCUCUGUUAACAUAUGAUUAGCAGCGGGAGUUUGACUGUGAUCCCUCUCGUUCUCUUUCUCUGUCAGCUCGAGGGGACGUUCAGCUGCAAUGACCCGUCACCCUCAUGGGCGCCUCACAAAUCGAUGCUUGCAGAUGACCUGAAGCUGAGCAGUGACGAAGACGACACUCAAGGAGUCACCAAUGAAUCUGCUUCUUGGGAUGGAAACAGCUUGGCGGUGCAGCGUGCACGCACACACGGCAGGCGGGUGAGACAUUCCAGCUCUGACUCUUCGGCCUCAGACUCCACUGGCGAGUCUGGGAGCAGCAGCCUUCAUUCUCGCAGCCCGAGUCCAGAUGUGCACCGUGACCCCGUGUCACCUGUAUCGCAUGUCAGCGCUCGGCCGCCCUGCACCAGCAAGGAGACGAUUCAACAGUCUUCUGCUCAGUGGCAGUUGGACAAGUGGCUGAAGGAUUCUCGGAAAAAGUCUGGCCGGGGUCAACAGGAUUGCACUCAGACCAUUCCAGCAUGCCCUCCUUCACCACGUACGCAGAAAACUCCAUCUCCGGCUAGGUCCUGGGACAGCAAUCAGGAAUACAGCCCUAGUCAGAGCCCUAUUCCCAGCCCACAGUUAAACUACAACCACAACAGCCCACUGCAUAGCCCUGGAUACAGCUUUUGCCCCAGCCCUAGCCCAUUUCCCAGCACCUGCCCAAGUCCCAGCCCUAGUCCAAGACACAGUCCUAUCAUUAGCCCCGGUCCAAGUAUUUGCCCCAGUCCAUGUGGAAGUACAAGAGCAAGCCGCAGCCCUAGCCCUAUAAAUAAACACCCUCCCAGAAGCCAUGGUUCUGGGCUUCUUCCUUCAAGGGUUUGCCACUAUCCUCAAGUUCAGAGUUGUCAGCAGCUGAACCAAGCACAGCCGAGCCUAAACGUCAUCCCUCACAGGACAAAAAAUAGGACUGGGCUUGCUCCAUUGCCCAACGCUGAUAUCAAGAGCAAAUCCACAAACAGUGCUUGUCCCCAGCAACCUCAUCAACAUAGGUUGAAAUUGAGACCCGCAGAGGACCAAGACCAAACCCAAAGCAAAUCCAAAGAUGGCUUAAUCUCUAACCAGAGUCACAAACACAAAUCUAGACUCAAAUCUAAUUUUAAUCCAAAUACAAAACAGCUUGGUGCAUCUUCCAUCACCAAACACACAUCACAACUUGAGCAAAUCCAUAAUAACAAAUCCAAUCGUGACUUCAACCAGACGAGGCCUGCAUUUCAAUCUGGAUUGCAAAAUUCCUCCAGUGGUGAAAAGUACUUAGUGCCAACUGCUCGUGAAACAAAUGGUCACUGUAGUUCACAUUCUCGGUAUACCUCUAAAACUUCUAGUACUUCUGAUACUGGGUCUAACACUAAACCCAGUCUGAGUCAGUAUCCCAGAGCCAAAUCUUGGGAGGCUACAGCCCCAAAGUUGGUGCAAGCUGAGCAAACAAAAACAUCACAGAGGAAACCCCAAUCAAAGGAGCAGGAUUUGGACCACAGAGAAGUUCACCUGACUCCAACAGAAAGUCGAAAGCCAGACAGAAAAGAGGGGCGCUAUAGACAAAAGCAACAAGACAAACAGGAGAGAAAAGAAGACAGGAGACUGGCGGAGGAGCAGCUACUGAGACGUCCCUGGAUCCAAAACUCAGAAGGAGAGGAGGAAGAGGAAGCAAUACAUGGUCAGAGGAAGAAAGAGGAGACAUCGACAGAAGAACAAAGGAGGCAGAGGGAGCAGCAGCAGGGAUGCGAAUGGCCAACAGUCCAGGCCAAACAGAGACCGCAUACAAACACCGAGCAACACUGCCCUCAAGAAGAGUCACGCCAUCAGGGCAGGACGAAAAAGGGAGGGAAAAGUGAAGAAAACAAAGUGUUGCAGAUAGACACAUCACCUUCCCAUAUAAUUUCCCCAGACCCUCAUAGACAAUCGUACUCUUCUUCUUCUUCUUCUUCAAGUUCAGAAUCAGAAUCUGAGUAUCAGCUUAAGAUUGCCAAAGUACCUGCUGAUUCUACCUCCAGUAGGACACUCAGAAAGAGAGGACAGCAAGGUCCGGGGAGACCUGAGAGCAACAGGCCAAAGGCGGUACACCCCAAAGGACCUACACCAGGUAUUCCGGGUGAGCAGCAGCAGAGUGAGGGGAGGCAGAAGCUCUACACCCUGGUCCCGUUUGGGCGAAGUGAACAGGCUACAGCACCAUCCCAACGAGGGCUACGAAAUCUAGUGGUGCAGUUCGAUCUGUGUCUGCUAAAACGUGUCCCUGAUAGCACCACCAACACGACACCCACAAAAAACUCAUCUUCCUUGUCAUCUUCAUCAACUAAGGACAAGCAAAGAGACACUAUGAAGCACCAACACAACCCCGAGACAAUGAAUAAAGACAGCAAAAGAAAACGCAAGUUGGAGAAUGGUGGGUCACACUGUGAAAGCAAGAGGAGCACGCCGUAUGCAAAGGACCUCUCGGGACGCACGGACUCCUCAUCCCGCCCAUCUGAGACCAACUUUUCUACUGAGACCACACACAACGGGUACUUGGAGGAGUACUUGGACAAUAAGAAGCCAUUGUCUCCACUGUCUCCCUUGUCUCCUCUGCCCAACACUCCUGAGUCUACCAAAUCAUCAUCCAAAGCAAAGAAUUAUGAGCACCAUUACUCCCACUCCCACAAGAAUAAAGAAAAAACUAAAGAUACUGCUUUAAAGCCCAAGAUGGAGAUGGAAUGUGUGAAAGUGUUAAAACAGCCCCAGCUACUGUCUGAGACCUGGGGUCCCAUAGGACACAAGGGGACCAUGCCCAACCAUGAACCUCCACACCAUGCCGAGUACUACUUACAUGAAGCCAAGAGGAUAAAGCACCGCGCCGAUGCAAUGGUGGACAAGCUUGGAAAAGCGGUGAAUUAUGUUGAUGCUGCUCUGUCCUUCAUGGAAUGCGGAAAAGCAAUGGAAGAAGGGCCACUGGAGGCGAAAUCUCCAUAUACCAUGUACUCAGAAACGGUCGAGCUCAUUAGGUACGCAAUGAAGCUUAAGAGCCACUCCGGCCCUGGAGUGAGACAGGAAGACAAACAGCUGGCGGUUUUGUGUUUCCGAUGCCUUGCUCUCCUUUACUGGCAAAUGUUUCGUUUAAAGAAGGACCAUGCUCUGAAAUACUCCAAAGUGUUGUUGGACUAUUUUAAGAGCUCUCCAAAAGUGCCUACUACACCGCCGUCUUGGAACGACUCUGGGAAGGGUACAGGGGUACCCCCGUCUUCAAUCUCACCCAGUGCCAAGCCCCCUGGAAAGGGGUCACAUGGGGGCAGCAUCUCCCCCUCCCUCAUCAGCAUUCCACACCGUAUCCACCAGAUGGCAGCAAACCACCUGAACAUAACUAACAGCGUCUUGUACAGCUACGAGUACUGGGAGGUGGCAGACAACCUUGCAAAGGAGAAUAAAGAGUUCUUCAACUACUUGAACACUUUAUCUGGGCCUUUGACUCUUCACAGUAGCAUCUGUCAUGCAGUUCAGUACACCAGACAGGCUCUGCAGUGGAUACGCAUCAGUGCCAAACUCAACUAAGAAAGACGAGGGUUCAGUUUAUACCAUCGACUGGAUCUUCAGAGCUUCACCUAGAAGAUACCUGGACCUCCUCUGUGCAGCUGAUGGGAAAACACUGGUGGAGAGACUCUCCGGGAGCUUGACAUUUUACUCAUCAUGUGC